AUGACUAUCUCCCACAUUCCAAGCAAAGUAGCCAUUUUCGACGUAGAAGAUGUCUUGGAGAAAUUGACCAUUCAAGAGAAGAUUGACCUACUUGCUGGUAUCGACUUCUGGCACACCAAGAGCGUUCCCAGUCUUGGAGUUCCCUCCAUAAGACUCUCUGAUGGUCCCAAUGGAGUUCGAGGUACAAGAUUUUUCAAUGGUGUGCCGGCAGCUUGCUUCCCCUGCGGCACUGGUCUAGCAGCAACUUGGGAUGCUGGCCUGCUCCGAGAAGCUGGAACGCUCAUGGGUCUCGAAGCGAAAGCCAAGGGGGCGCACAUUCUCCUAGGGCCCACGGUCAACAUGCAAAGAAGUCCAUUGGGAGGCAGAGGAUUCGAAUCAUUCUCCGAAGAUCCAGUUCUCGCAGGCGAAAGUGCCGCUGCAGUUGUCGCCGGCAUUCAGAGCACAGGAGUCCAGGCUGCUAUCAAGCACUUUGUGGGAAAUGACCAAGAGCACGAGCGAAUGGCUGUCGAUUCUCGCAUCACUGAAAGGGCUCUUCGGGAAAUCUACCUGCUGCCCUUCCAGAUUGCUGUGAGAGAUGCGAAUCCGGCGUCCUUCAUGACGGCUUACAAUAAGGUCAAUGGGCUUCAUGUGAGUGAAGACGCCCGUAUGCUCCAGAGCAUUUUGCGUGACCAAUGGAAAUGGGAAGGCCUGGUAAUGAGCGACUGGUAUGGCACAUACUCCACAAUCGAAGCUAUUCAGGCUGGUCUUGACCUGGAGAUGCCUGGACCUACGCGUUGGCGCGGCCAGCUGGUGAAGCACGCUCUGGCAUCGAGAAGACUGCUCCCCGAGACCGUCGAUGAACGCGUCCGCGCUGUUCUCAACGCUGUCCGCCGUGCAGCAUUGACGGGGAUUCCUGAAGGAGCGGGGGAGAACGGCCGAGAUCUUCCAGAGACUUCAGCCCUCCUUCGAAAGAUCGCGGGAGGCUCAAUCGUACUGCUAAAGAAUGAGAACUCUACCCUCCCUUUCAAGAAAGAAAAGACCGUACUCGUAAUCGGACCAAACGCGAAAGCAGCCGUCUACUGUGGUGGAGGAUCAGCUACGUUGAGACCCUAUUACGCAGUUACGCCAUUCGAUGCUAUCUACGAAGAAGCAAAGGAUGUGGUCUACUCAGUUGGGUGCUACGCUCACAAAAUGCUACCGAUUCUUGGCCCUCGACUGAAAACCGCAGACGGUCAGGUCGGAGUCACCUUCAGGGCUUACACCACACCUGAGACUGAUAGUGAUCGUCAACCAGUUGAUACACUGCAUCUCGUUGACACGAACAUGUACUUUGCCGACUACUACCACCCCGAUAUAACGGAAGAUCUAUGGUGGGGAGAGAUUGAGGCCUCGUUCACUGCCGAAGAGACAGGCGAUUUCGAGUUCGGACUUACUGUCCACGGAACUGCCAAUCUCUACAUUGACGGAGAGCUCGUGAUCGAUAAUGAGACUGUUCAAAGAGGUGGUGGAAGCUUCUUCAAUGUCGGUACCGUGGAGGAAACCGGAACCAAGGCAUUGGUCGCCGGGCAAACGUACAAUAUUACGGUCAAAUUCGCCAGCGGCGCAGCAUCUAAGGUCAAAGAUGCCGAUGGCGUGGUUUCCUUUGGCGGCGGCGGCGUUCGCAUCGGGGGCAUCGAAGUCCGUGACGCAGACGAGGAAAUUCGCCGCGCAGCGGAGCUGGCAAAGUCGGUGGACCAAGUUGUCAUUUGCGUCGGUCUCAAUGCGGAUUUUGAGCAAGAAGGCCAUGACCGUCCGCACAUGGAUUUGCCUGGAAGAACAGAUGACUUGGUGUCCGCUGUUGCUGCUGCCAAUCCAUCCACCACAGUCGUAGUCCAGUCAGGGACGCCAGUGACCAUGCCUUGGGCUGGUUCGGUAUCGGCAAUCAUCCAAGCGUGGUACGGUGGAAACGAGACGGGCAACUCCAUUGCAGAUGUCUUAUUUGGAGAAGUCAACCCCUCGGGCAAGUUGCCCUUGUCGUUCCCGGUCAGAGUUGAGGACAACCCGGCCUUCCUCAACUACCGAUCGGACCAAGGGCGAGUUCUUUACGGCGAGGACGUCUUUAUUGGGUACCGCUACUACGAGGCAGUCAAGAGAUCUGUUCUCUAUCCCUUUGGAUGGGGACUGUCUUACACGACCUUUAGCGUUGACGGCCUCAAGGUUUCUCACGGAGUCAUUGACGGUGAUGAGAAGAUUCUGGUGCGAGUCGAGUUGAACAACACUGGAAACGUCGAUGGGUCCGAAGUUGUACAGGUCUACGUUUCGCCCAAAAACCCCUCAAUUACGCGCCCUGGAAAGGAGCUUAAGGGAUUCUCAAAGACACAUGUUAAGGCGGGGCAGUCCGCUCAGGUAGAAGUUGUCCUGAGCAAAAAAUAUGCUCUCAGUUUUUGGGACGAACCGCGAAAACAGUGGGCUGUGGAGGCCGGGAAAUACGAUAUCCUAGUUGGCACCAGCAGCAUUGAGACGCCUCUCGUAGCCACAGUGAAGGUUGAGAAGACCAGCUGGUGGUCAGGUAUUUGA